CUUCAACUUCAUCAACGACUAGUCUUUUAUACAACAAUGUACAGCAUUCACACGGAAGAAAAUAUCGGACAGCACAAACCAAACACACACAGCGAUGGAUUCACCUUCAUUCUUUGCUCAAAGAUUCAGCCUAUAUGUCACAAUUUUCAAAUUUUCUAUUAUUUUCUUCUGCAUCACUUGUUCACCAUCUUUUGUUUCAUCACAACUACAAAACUCCCUUCAAAAAAAGACAACGGCCUAUGACAUGCUCCAAAAAUACGACUUCCCAGUUGGAAUUCUCCCAAAAGGGGUCCUUGAUUAUGAUCUAGAGCAAUCAUCAGGUAAAUUCUCAGCCUUUUUAAAUGGUUCUUGUAGUUUCUCUCUUGAAGGAUCAUAUCAACUCAAGUACAAGCCCACCAUUAAAGGGUACAUUUCAAAUGGAAAAAUUUCCAGCUUGGAAGGUGUUAGUGUGAAGCUUUUGUUCAUGUGGGUUGAUAUCGUUGAGGUAUCAAGACACGGUGAUAGUCUUGAUUUCUCUGUUGGGAUUGCUGGUGCUGGUUUUCCUAUUGAUAAUUUUGAAGAGUGUCCUCAAUGUGGAUGCGGAUUGAAUUGCGAUAGUCAACAAGUGAGGCAGAAGAUAAGAAAAAAUGUAUUUGUUUCUUCUUCUUAGCUGAGAUUUAUGCUUUACAUGAUUUGAAUUGUGGAUUUGUGUUUAAUUGUGCUGACUUGCUGUAGGAUUUUGCUUAUUUUGAUAAAUUACUAUUUGAAUAAUUUCAUUACCAAUGGGCAUUGUGGUCACUUUUGUGAUCAAAUGUAACUAAUAUGGGAAAACUGUCAACUCCACUUUUGAUUAAUCUGUGAAUGGAUUAUUUUGCCUUGUCUCAA